AUGAUAAAACUGAUAUUUGAUGACUUAGCAAUGAGUUCAUCUCUCAUAGCGGAGAAAAUAACCAACUGUCACUACACCCAUGAUUGUUACCAUAAACGGAACAGGUGUAUUUAUUAGUAUAGAAAACUACUGUUAAGAAAACACUGAGUACACUACAAAGAGUAGUUGUGUCUUAGAUUUAUGCAGAUUUUAUUCUACAAUUUAAGUUUACAAUGAAUUUCCAAACACAUGAAUGUAAUGGGAAAAAAAUAAAUGACUCAUUUUUAUCCAAAGAAAGUACAAUAGUAAGAGAUUAUCAAAUUAAAUUAUCUUAAUAUUCAAAAUCAUUAAAUGAGUUAAAUAAUGAAUUGUAUGAAAAUCCUAAUAGACACCACAGAAUAUUCAUAAUAUUAUAUGUACCCUAAAUAAUAAUAAUAACAACCAUUAGUGUAAGCGCUGAUAUAGUGUAAGUAUAUAUUAGAAUUAAGAAUAUUAGUUUAAGUUACAAUAAAUUAAGAAUAAUCGGAAAAGAAGAUACUCCUAAAACUUAUGAAGAAAUAAAUUUAGGAGAAACACUAAAGUUUCUGGCUUAGGAAAAUAAUUGCCCAGAAUUAUGUAAUGGACAAUAAUCUUCAAUUUAACCUGAAGGGGGGGGGGGUGUUAUGAACCUCUGGCUAGUUAUAAUAUAUUAACGCUGACUAGCAUAUUGUAAAUGUCAAACUCUGUCGCUGGCUGACGUCGACUUAGUCAGUCAAGUUCCGUAUGACAUAUUAAAAAAAAACGUGUCUCUAGAAAUCUUUUUGUGUAACUUCUCUAAUGAAUACAAAAUUAAAUCAUUUAAAACAGUAAUUUCCAACCUAUAUUCUACGCCUCUUUUGUAGAUUUUCAAAAAUCUCGCCCUCCCCCCCCCCUCCUAUAAAAUGAAAAAUUAUAUCACCUUUUUUUAUGUACUUUACAAAUAAACUAUUCAAUAUUCGGAAUGACUACUUUUUAUUUAAAUUAUAAUAAUUAUAAAAUAUAAAUAAUAGUAAAUGAUAAAAUAAAACAAUCAAUUAAGGUGAAAUAUUAUAGUAAUAAAUUAGUAUAAAAUAUUAAUAAUGAAAUUAAUAAUUAAUGUUAAUUGAUGCUAAUGCUGACAACACUUUUCUUUUGUCAGUUAUUUAUGUUUGGCUCAAUAUUUGAUAGAGAAUACCUAUAGUCAGAUGCGAUAUCCAAACAAUUUUUAUGUUUAUUUUUUAUAACUGCUAUGCUAGAGAAUCCCGAUUCACAUAAAUCAGUAGAUGAUAAUUGUACAAGAAAUUUUAAAGCUUCAUUUGAAAUUUCACGAUAAAUGGAUUGGUAUCCAUUAAUUAUACCUAAUAACGGAUAAAGAAAACCGGAAAAUUAAUUUUUUUUUCUCUACGUUUUAAAAUAAAAAUUGUAUUUCGUAAUAACUGCUUAUGCCUCCCCAGCAAUGUGUAUACACCCCACAGUUUGGAAACCAGUAAUUUAAAAGAACAAUAGGACUAAUGUCGACCAAGAAAAACAAUUUGUCAUUGGUAACAAAUAAUCUAAUAAACAAGAGAGUAGAAGUUGUUAAAAUUGAUAUUUGAUGACUUUGGAUUGAGAUUGAGUUCAUCUCUCAUAGUAGAAAAAAUGUAUACUUAAAAAAUUUAAAAAACAGUAGGUUGAAUAAAAGGUACUUGCAAAUGCUGUUAAACAAAUAGAGAAAGCUUCUAUUAUGUACACCCUGUAUUACGGCAUUAUGUGUUUAACACAUACAUAUCUAUGUUAAUUAUGAAUAAUAAGCUUAAUAAUGGUAUUAAAAAUCGUCAAAGCAAUGCAACAUUCAAAUUGUGGUUCAAAACAGUUAAAAUAUAUAUCUAACACGGUGAUAGCAGGUUUUUGAGAUUGAUCAGAAGAUAUACUUAAUAUUCAUAAUCAGAUGACACAAAAUAAGGAAAAUGAAGAGUACAAAAGUGUUCGAUUAUAAUUAUUAAUCAACUGACGAGUAAUGAAGAGAGCUUGGAUGAACUGCAUGAAUUCGUAUGAGAGUCUAGACCUCAAUUUAAGUCCAUUAAAUAUGUUACAUACAGAGGAUAAUACAAAUUAAUCCGUGUCAACAACUAACAGUUUUCAAUCUCCCUAACAACCGAACUGCAAAGUUGGAAAAUCAUUAGAGGAAUGGCCUUCUUAAAGAUUUUUUAACGUACUACAAAUUAUGAAAGCGGAACUAAAAACAAUAAUACUAAUUAUUUAGUUGGAACAUACGAUUCAUAUGCAACGACCACUAUUCAAAUAUUUUGGUAGACUUGGAUAUUUUGUUUAACAGAUUAUCAGAAAAAAAUUGGUCAAUUACUUUGUUAUAGAUAUUUGUUUGGCGACAUGUUAGAUAACCUGGUAUAAUAAACACAACUCAUAUUUUAACACAGAACACAGUGAGAUUGUUAAUGAACAAAAAAGCAGUUGGAAAACUGUUUUUAAAAAAAAUUACUAUUAAGCAGAUCAAUAUUAUUAUUGCACCACUGCUAAUUGGUAAGAAUCAUUGGACUAUUGCUUAUAUAAAUUUAUAUAGGAAGGAGGGUAACAUAAUAAACCCCUAUAAUUCAUAUGACAACGAAAGUUGCACAAAUCAUCAAAAAAUACUUUCCAAUUACUAUGGAGACAAAUUUAAUUAAAUUUUAAUUACAAACAGAUUUUUAUCAAUAAAAUAUAUUCAUUGUCUAUUAUAAAGGUUCCAAAAUAAACAGAUUCAUAUAACUGUGGGGUUUUCAUAAUAAACUAAGCGUUUAGAACUAUGAACAAAUCACAUUCCAAUACAGAAUUCAACCCAGAUGAAUACAGAUAUCCUAAAAAGACAUUUCUUAGAGAACUCUAAAGACAUGGUAGGUAUGUUUCUAUUGUGAUAGGUGUUUUGAUAAGCACGGGCCUCAGAUAAACAAGUGUUCUGUGGAUGGCAUGUUCAUCAUGUUGUCUUUGGAUGGUGCUGAACUGGAUCCCUGGAGAACAGAAUCAGAGAGAAUAGAUGAUUAUAACAACAAUGUCUAUUUCUGUUUUUUUGUGUAG